CUGUAACCGGUAGAUCCGGUUCCCCACCACGUCCCCUUUUUUCCUUCAGACCUCUUCACCUUUUUUGUUCAAAACCGAAAAGAAAUUCCAAUAACCGCUUAUUCUAUACAGAUUCUGCUUCUCUUCAACUGCGGAACCCUACCUCGAGGGUUUUUCAGUGGAUUAUCUACUCGCGCUACUGAUUUGGUGCUAUAAUAGGCUUAGGUUGAACUGGAUCUACUUCAUUGCUUCAUGUUUUUCUGAACCUGAGUGGUUGUUCUGAAUAUGUCUCGAGCUGAGGAGCUUUGGGAGCGUUUGGUUCGUGCUGCAUUGAGGAGGGAGAGGACCGGUGAAGAUGCAUUUGGGCGGCCUGUAGGUGGAAUAGCUGGAAAUGUACCCUCUGCGCUUGCUAAAAAUAGGGAUAUCGAUGAAAUUUUAAGAGUUGCGGAUGAAAUUCAAGAUGAUGAUCCUACUGUCUCUAGAAUAUUAUGCGAACACGCGUAUUCAUUAUCUCAAAAUUUGGACCCUAACAGUGAAGGCCGAGGUGUUUUGCAAUUCAAGACUGGUUUGAUGUCUGUCAUUAAGCAAAAGCUGGCGAAAAGAGAAGUUGGAACCAUAGAUAGAAGUCAGGAUAUUGCUCGAUUACAAGAGUUCUACAGGAGUUACAGAGAGAAACAUAAUGUGGAUAAAUUACAGGAGGAAGAAAUGAAGUUGAGGGAAUCUGGUGCUUUCAGCCGGAAUCUUGGCGAGUUGGAGCGCAAGACUGUGAAGAGAAGAAGGGUUUUUGCAACCUUAAAGGUUUUAGGAACAGUACUUGAGCAACUGAGUGAAGAAAUUCCUGAUGAGCUUAAGCGGGUUAUGGAAUCUGAUUCUGCAUCGACAGAAGAUUUGAUUGCCUACAACAUCAUUCCUCUAGAUGCUCCUUCAACAAAUGCUAUUGUUUCUUUCCCUGAGGUGCAAGCAGCAGUUUCAGCUUUGAAGUAUUUCAUUGGCUUGCCAGAAUUGCCCGGAGGCUAUUUCAUUUCUUCUACAAGGGAUGCUAACAUGCUCGACUUUCUGCAGUAUACUUUUGGAUUUCAGAAAGAUAAUGUAGCUAAUCAGCGUGAACACAUAAUUCACCUGCUUGCAAAUGAGCAAUCUCGGCUUGGAAUUCCAGAUGAAAAUGAACCUAAAUUGGAUGAAGCUGCUGUGCAGAAAGUAUUCCUCAAGUCACUUGAGAAUUACAUAAAAUGGCGUGAAUACUUAUGCGUUCAGCCUGUUUGGAGCAGUUUGGAGGCUGUUAGUAAAGAGAAGAAAUUGCUGUAUGUUUCUCUAUACUACCUAAUAUGGGGUGAAUCCUCAAAUAUCAGGUUUCUACCAGAAUGCUUGUGCUACAUAUUUCAUCACAUGGCGAGAGAGAUGGAUGAGAUCCUAAGGCAACAGGUUGCACAGACAGCUAAUAGUUGCACAUCAGAGAACGGUGUCUCAUUUCUUGAUCAUGUUAUUCUUCCGUUGUAUGAAGUUGUUGCUGCAGAAGCUGCAAACAAUGAUAACGGGAAGGCACCUCAUUCUUCCUGGAGAAAUUAUGAUGAUUUUAACGAGUAUUUCUGGUCACUUCAUUGCUUUGACCUUAGUUGGCCAUGGCGUAGAAGUUCUUCAUUUUUUCAAAAGCCACAACCCAGAUCAAAGAAAAUGCUUAUAACUGGUGGAAGUAAGCAUCAGGGAAAAACAUCUUUUGUGGAGCAUCGGACUUUUUUCCAUCUCUAUCAUAGCUUCCACCGACUGUGGAUAUUUCUUAUCAUGAUGUUCCAGGGUCUAGCAAUUAUUGCUUUCAAUGAUGAAAAUUUUAAUGCCAAGACCUUGAGAGAGCUUCUUAGUCUUGGACCGACAUUUGUUGUGAUGAAAUUUUUGGAGAGUGUCUUGGACAUUUUCAUGAUGUAUGGUGCAUAUUCAACAACGAGGAGCUUAGCUGUCUCCCGAAUUUUUCUACGAUUUCUUUGGUUUAGCCUUACUUCAGUUUUCAUAACUUUUCUUUACAUAAAAGCACUCCAAGAAGAGAGUAAAAGAAAUUCAAAUUCAGUAGUUUUCAGAUUAUAUGUGAUUAUCAUAGGUAUUUACGCGGGUGUCCAAGUUUUCAUUAGUUUCCUCAUGCGGAUUCCUGCAUGUCAUCGUCUCACAAAUCAAUGUGAUCAUUGGCCUUUCAUUCGUUUUGUGAAGUGGAUGCGCCAGGAACGGCAUUAUGUUGGACGGGGCAUGUAUGAAAGGAGUUCUGAUUUCAUAAAGUAUAUGCUGUUUUGGCUUGUUGUUUUGAGUGGAAAAUUUUCGUUUGCUUACUUUCUUCUGAUCAAGCCACUGGUGGACCCCACGCGGGAUAUUGUAAAAGAGGAUAAUAUUAUUUACUCUUGGCAUGAUUUGGUAUCUAAAAAUAAUCAUAAUGCGUUGACUGUUGUUAGUGUUUGGGCUCCAGUGUUUGCUAUUUAUCUCCUAGAUAUUUAUAUCUUUUAUACACUUGUUUCGGCGGUCUGCGGGUUUUUGCUUGGGGCAAGAGAUCGUCUGGGAGAGAUCAGGUCAUUGGAUGCACUGCACAAACUUUUUGAGGAGUUUCCUGGAGCGUUUAUGGACACUCUUCAUGUUCCUCUACCCAACAGGAGCUCCCACCAGUCAUCUGUUCAGGUUGUGGAGAAGAACAAGGUUGAUGCUGCUCGAUUCUCCCCGUUUUGGAAUGAGAUCAUGAGAAAUCUCAGGGAGGAAGACUAUAUAACUAACUUUGAGAUGGAGUUGCUUUUAAUGCCAAGAAACUCUGGGGAUCUUCCCUUGGUUCAGUGGCCACUUUUUCUACUUGCAAGCAAGAUAUUUUUGGCUAGGGAUAUUGCUGUUGAGAGUAAAGAUACUCAAGAUGAGCUUUGGGAUAGGAUUUCUCGAGAUGACUAUAUGAUGUAUGCUGUUCAGGAGUGUUACUAUGCUAUUAAACUCAUUUUGACUGAAGUAUUAGAUGACACUGGAAGGAUGUGGGUUGAAAGGAUAUAUGAUGAUAUUAAUGAUAGUAUUACAAGAAGGAGUAUUCCUGUGGACUUCCGACUUAAUAAGUUGGCUCUUGUGGUAUCAAGAGUAACUGCAUUGAUGGGGAUUCUGAAAGAGACUGAAACACCUGAACUGGAAAGGGGUGCGGUGAGGGCUGUUCAAGAUCUCUACGAUGUUGUACGGCUUGAUGUUCUUUCAUUAAAUAUGAGGGAAAAUUAUGACACAUGGAAUUUACUGUCCAAAGCGAGGGAUGAGGGACAUUUGUUUGAAAAGUUGAAAUGGCCCAAUACCGACUUAAGAGUGCAAGUCAAAAGAUUGUACUCUCUGCUGACUAUCAAAGACUCAGCUUCAAGCAUUCCUAAAAAUCUUGAGGCUAGGCGAAGGCUGGAAUUUUUCACAAACUCACUUUUUAUGAAGAUGCCUCGUGCAAAGCCAGUUCGAGAAAUGUUAUCCUUUAGUGUUUUCACCCCUUAUUAUUCUGAGGUUGUGCUUUACAGCAUGGCUGAACUCCUAAAGAAAAAUGAAGACGGCAUUUCAAUUUUGUUCUACCUGCAGAAGAUAUAUCCAGAUGAGUGGAAAAACUUUCUUGCCCGCAUUGGCCGUGAUGAAAAUGCACUUGAAAAUGAGCUUUAUGAUAGCCCUGCCGAUAUUCUUGAACUGCGUUUUUGGGCCUCUUAUCGUGGGCAAACAUUGUCCAGAACAGUCCGGGGCAUGAUGUAUUAUAGGAAAGCUCUUAUGCUUCAAACCUAUUUGGAGAGAAUAACAGCUGGAGAUUUGGAGGCUGCGACUAGUUUUGAUGAAGUGACUGAUACACGUGGCUUUGAUUUAUCCCCGGAAGCACGUGCUCAGGCAGAUCUUAAGUUUACUUAUGUGGUGACAUGUCAGAUUUAUGGUAAACAGAAAGAGGAGCAAAAACCUGAGGCUGCUGAUAUUGCUUUAUUAAUGCAAAGAAAUGAAGCUCUCCGUGUCGCUUAUAUUGAUGUUGUUGAAACUUUAAGAGAUGGAAGAGUGAACACAGAAUACUACUCUAAGCUCGUGAAAGCUGAUAUCAACGGGAAAGACAAGGAAAUAUACUCCCUGAAAUUACCUGGAAAUCCCAAAAUUGGUGAAGGGAAGCCUGAGAACCAAAACCAUGCAAUUAUAUUUACCCGUGGAAAUGCAGUCCAGACAAUUGAUAUGAAUCAGGAUAACUAUUUUGAGGAGGCUUUGAAGAUGAGAAAUGUUCUUGAAGAAUUUCAUUCUGAUCAUGGGCUCCGUCCUCCUACCAUACUUGGUAUUAGAGAACAUGUAUUUACUGGAAGUGUCUCGUCUCUGGCCUCCUUCAUGUCCAAUCAAGAAACUAGUUUUGUGACUUUAGGCCAGCGUGUUUUAGCAAAUCCAUUGAAGGUCCGCAUGCAUUAUGGUCAUCCUGAUGUUUUUGAUAGAGUGUUCCACAUCACCCGUGGUGGUAUCAGCAAGGCUUCCCGUGUUAUCAAUAUCAGUGAAGAUAUCUACGCAGGAUUCAAUUCGACCUUACGUCAAGGAAAUAUUACUCAUCAUGAAUAUAUUCAGGUUGGUAAGGGAAGAGAUGUUGGACUCAAUCAGAUUGCUCUAUUUGAAGGGAAGGUUUCAGGUGGUAAUGGGGAACAAGUUCUGAGCCGUGAUGUAUACAGACUUGGGCAACUUUUUGACUUCUUCCGCAUGAUGUCUUUUUACUUUACAACAGUUGGAUAUUAUUUUUGUACCAUGUUAACUGUGCUGACGGUUUAUGCCUUCCUUUAUGGAAAAAUGUAUUUGGCACUAUCUGGUGUUGGUGAAACCAUCGGGGAAAGGGCUAAGAUUACCAAGAACACGGCCUUGAGCGCUGCUUUGAACACACAGUUUCUGUUUCAAAUUGGUAUCUUCACUGCUGUGCCAAUGAUCUUGGGUUUCAUUCUCGAACAAGGUUUCUUGAGGGCCAUUGUCAGUUUUGUCACAAUGCAGUUCCAGCUCUGCUCAGUUUUUUUCACAUUUUCGCUGGGUACUAGAACCCAUUAUUUUGGUCGGACCAUUCUUCAUGGUGGUGCAAGGUAUCAAGCAACUGGCCGUGGAUUUGUUGUCCGCCAUAUUAAAUUUUCUGAGAAUUACAGACUCUACUCUCGUAGUCAUUUUGUUAAAGGGUUGGAAGUUGUGCUUUUGUUGAUAGUCUAUCUUGCUUAUGGCUAUAAUGAAGGUGGUGCACUAUCAUACAUUCUUCUGAGUAUAAGCAGUUGGUUUAUGGCUCUAUCCUGGUUGUUUGCUCCAUAUUUAUUCAACCCUUCCGGAUUUGAGUGGCAAAAGGUAGUGGAAGACUUCCGAGAUUGGACAAAUUGGUUACUUUACAGAGGUGGUAUUGGGGUUAAAGGAGAAGAAAGCUGGGAAGCUUGGUGGGAAGAAGAACUGGCCCAUAUCAGGAGCUUCGGUUCAAGGAUAGCAGAGACCAUACUGAGUCUAAGAUUUUUCAUCUUUCAGUAUGGUAUUGUGUAUAAACUGGAUGUUAAAGGAACUGAUACUUCAUUGACGGUUUAUGCAUUCUCGUGGAUUGUGCUGGCUGGGCUUAUAAUUCUUUUCAAGGUUUUCACAUUUAGCCAGAAGAUAUCAGUCAAUUUCCAGCUUCUGUUGCGUUUUGUACAAGGCCUCUCCCUUUUGUUGGCAUUGGCUGGCUUAGUUGUUGCAGUUAUAUUGACCGAUCUAUCUGUGGCUGACAUAUUUGCUGCUAUGUUAGCUUUCAUUCCUACUGGAUGGGGAAUUUUGUCUAUUGCUGCUGCUUGGAAGCCUGUGAUGAAGAGGCUGGGACUAUGGAAAUCCAUUCGAUCAAUUGCUCGCCUGUAUGAUGCUGGCAUGGGAAUGCUCAUAUUUGUACCCAUCGCAUUCUUUUCUUGGUUUCCAUUUGUAUCAACAUUCCAAACUCGCCUCAUGUUUAACCAGGCUUUCAGCCGAGGGUUGGAAAUUUCUCUGAUCCUUGCUGGGAACAAUCCCAACACUGGGAUAUAGUUGCACUUGCCUCAUGAUGUAGGUCCUAAAUGAGAUAUAGUUGUAGGAAGCCUUGAUUUUUUCUGUAACUUCAGAUUUGUGAAUAGUGUGUAUCAUCAUUCUUAUAGUGUAUGACAUUUAAACUUGGUGAUGAACCAUUGGAUGACUCA